CUCUAACAACUAUGAAUUUUAUGUUAUAACUUUUUCUUGAAAUUUGAAAAUUACCCUUGAUUUUCCAUCUUUUUCUUGAACAUUUUAUCCUUUCCUUCUCUCUAACCAAACAAAUAGAGGGUAACCAUUUUAACCUACCUUUCUAUCCCCUUAUUCCUUAGUUUCCUUCUCUAUGCAAACUAGUUCAUAUUGUUUCUAAUUGUUUUGGGAAAUCACUACAUCUAUUUUACCAGCAUUAGGUAUGAGUAUUUAUAAGGGUAAAUGUUCAUGAACCAAAUUCACCUAGGUGUGAGCACUGAAUGGUUUUGACCAAAAAAUGGAACUGAACCUACCUAAUUCAGUUUUUCAGUUUGGUUUUUCAGGAUAUCAGUUCUGUUUCGAUUUUAUUUGUAAAAAAAAUCUGUUUUUCAGUUCGUUUAGGUUAAUUUAAUAAAAAAACCGAAUUAACUGAACUGAACUGAACUGAACUGAUUUUCCUCUCUUAAAAAGCUACUGUUUUUACCCUUACAUUACCCUAGCUAUUUAAGCCAUCUCGUCUUCAGUCUUGAAACUCUUCUGACGGCACAAGCCAUCUCAUCUCCAGUCUCAAAACAACCGCUUCUUUCUUCUCCUUACUGCAUAGGGUUACUUCUGUCGAAUAAAACUACUCUCAUGCUUCUGAAAUAUCAGAAACUCAGUACCAUAGCCUUAUGCUUCUGUUGACAGCAAGGGACAAAAAUUACUGCAAUUGACUAUAUGUCAAUGCCCCGAGGGGAGACUUUAUGUCGACAGUGAGGCACCAAGCCACUGCAAUUUGCUGUGCAUGUCCAAUCCCUCGACGGAUCUGCAAUUGGCUUUUUGUUGUAUGUUUAGAUUCAGAAGGUUUGAGCCAAAUGGGUAAUCGGUUUUUAUGUUCAGUUUUUACUCUGUUUUUAUUGUACUUUUUUCUUAUGGAGACGGUGCUAAAAUAAUCAAAUUGGGCUUUAUAUUUGUAUGUAAGUUGUGUGGGAUUGAAAUAUUUUUGUGGGUUAAAACUUGAAACCCACAUUGGGCAUUUUGUGGAAUUGAAAACGAUGAUAGGCAUUUUGCUAAUGCACUGUUGAAAACCGACAAUCUGACCUGAGGAAAUUCAGUUGUUCUAUCAAAUCGGUUCAGUUCGGCUUACAUUUUUUAGGACUUGGGUAUUUUGGUUUUGCCAGUUUUUUUUUUUUGUGCAAAACCAAACCGACCGAUUGCACACCCCUAAAUUCGCCCAUUUUCCAAAAUUUUCUUAGAUUUUCUGCCUAAUUUGAAGCGUUAGUGUCAUACCAAUCUUUAGUAUCAUUGUACAACGCGAGUACCAUAAGGCUUAGCGAAGAGUCAAAAUAACUAAGCACUUUAUAUAUUGAUUUAUUUAUUGAUAAUCUUUCGUCACAGCUUAAUUUGUUUGUGAUGGAAGUUUUGCUAUGAAUAUUAUGAAAAUUAUGUAUUAAAUUUUCUUUCAUAAAAUAUGUUUGAACAUGUUUUUCUGGGCUCUGGGUUGCUUUCCUGGAAAAGUGUCAUGAAAAAUACUGUAGCAAAAAUGGAAGUUUUAUGAUAAAUUAAUCUAUCGCUCCAAGUAGACAAAAAUGCCUAUAAUUCUUUGUUUAUGUUAAGAUAUGUACCAUAAAUAGCUAGGAUUUGUAUAUCUGUAGUGAUUGUGUGAAUAUAUUUAGGUGUUAGAAUCGUGGCUAUAAUUACGUAUUUAAUUAGAAUUGUAUUUCCUAUUUAGUUGUCCUGUACAGAUUAUAAAUUGACACCAUUGGCUUGAGGGAAUAAUCAAGCUCUUCAAUCAUUCUCAAUAUUCUUCUUCUGUUCUAUUUUCUCACAUGGUAUCAGAGCCCUCGGUAAGUCUGAUUUGAAAUCUGAAACAAAGUCCUCAUAGGGAGGAACUUUUCCUCUUUUUCCGGUCACUUUCUGGGAGUCCGUGGCUGUCACAGCGUAGCCUGGUGGAUUACCCAACCCAGGAUCGGCCUCUCCACUGACCGGCAUGUGAGCCCUCUCCGACGACAGUCUCUGACUCUCUCGCAAGCACUUCUUCCUGUCGACUCGCCGGCCUCAGGUGACCUCAACCACGCUGGUCCCGUCACCUGUUUCUCACUUUUUUGUCACUACCUCUUCAUACAGUAGGUUUUUCUGAUAAUAUUUCUGAGCAACAGCGGGACAAGUUCUUCAUGGUUUUGGCAUUGAUUUUGGCAUUGAUUGGGCUAAGACCUGACCUUGAUUCUGUUAGAGACCAGAUAUUAAUUAGUCCGGUUAUUCUCACUCUAGAGGAUGUGUCUGCCAGACUUCUACGCAUCUCACUUAAUAAGAAUAAUUUCUCCGGAAUUGAAUCUUCAGUUUUAGUUGCACAAAGUGGAAACCAACUGAGACAGGGUACUUAUCAGAGAGGAAAGGGUAAAAGGCUCCAUUGCACUUACUGUGAUAAGAGUAAUCACACUCGAGACACUUGUUGGGCCCUUCAUGGUCGACCAUCACACCCCAUUCAGUCAAAUAAUAUGGGCCAAUCAACUGCUCAUAUGGCUCAAUCCGGUGAAAAUGGUAUUCUUCCAUUACCUGAUGGAAAAGAUCAAGUGUCAAAUUUUAUCCUAUUAACUGGAGCUGAUUACAAUGAGUAUUUGUAAUAUCAAACAGCCAAACGGCAAUCUUCUAGUAGUGCUCAUUUUGGUAAUUCCUUUGCUUGUCUAACACAAUCUUCGCUCACUGGUCCAUGGAUUCUAGACUCUGGUGCUUUUGAUCAUAUAUCUGGUAACAAAAGUCUUUUCUUAUCUCUAGUUUCUUCUCCAGUUUUAUCUAAAGUUACUUUGGUUAAUGGUUCACAAACUUUAGUUAAGGGCAUAGGAGAAGUAAAAAUCUAUUCCUUUAACCACAGUUUUGUUCACUCCAGAAUGCCCAUAUAAUUUAAUCUCCAUUAGUAAAUUGACUAAAAAUCUUAAUUGUUCUGUCACCUUUACAACUGACUUUGUUGUUGUGCAGGACCGGAGUACGGGGAAAAUGAUUGGAGUAGGAUGUGAGUCACAAGGAUUGUACCAUCUUUCUACUUCAAAUUCUCCAGUUACUCUUGCCUCCACCACUUCCGCUGAUCUUCUUCACAAUCGUCUGGGUCAUCCGAGUCUUGCCAAAUUGCAAAAAUUAGUUUUUAGUCUUUCAAGUUUAUCUUCUUUUGAAUAUGAGUCCUGUCAACUUGGGAAACAAAGUCUUGUUUCCUUUCCCAAGCGAGUCAAUAAUAGGGCUAAGUCCAUGUUUGAAAUUGUCCAUUCAAACAUUUAGGGUCCAAGUCGUGUCAGUACAACUUUGGAAUUUCAUUAUUUUGUUACUUCUGUUGAUGAUUAUUCUCGUUCCACUUGGUUAUUUUUAAUGAAGACUCGUUCUGAAUUAUUCUCUAUAUUUCAAAAAUUCUCUAGUGAAAUAUGUAAUCAAUUUGGUGUUUCUAUUAAAAUACUUCGUAGUGACAAUGCAAAACAAUAUUUGUCUACUCCCUUUACUCAUUUCUUAUCUUCUUAGGGUAUUACUCAUCAAACUUCAUGUGCUUAUACCCCUCAACAAAAUGGGGUUGCUGAAUGAAAGAAUCGUCAUCUAGUUGAUGACUGCCUACACUUUACUCAUUCACCAUAAUGUUCCUCUUUGUUUUUGGGGAGAUGCUAUUCUUACUGCUUGUUACUUAAUUAACCGAAUGCCUUCUUCUGUUUUGUAGAAUCAGAGUCCUCAUUCCAUUUUGUUUCCCGACCAAGAUACCCAUUAGUUGUCCCUGCGUGUAUUUGGUUGUAUUUGUUUUGUUCAUGAUCACACUCCUGGCAAAGACAAACUUCAGGCCAAAUUAAUAAAAUGUGUCUUUUUGGGAUAUUCUAAGCUUCAAAGAAGUUACAAAUGCUACAAUCCACUUACAAAUGAAUACUUUGUGUCAGCUGAUGUAACCUUCUUUGAAACAUCUCCUUAUUUUUCCUCCAACAUUGCAUCUAAGGUUUUAUUCCCACCGCCUUACCAGUUUCUACUCUUCCUCCACCACCAAUCAGCCCACCACCUCUAUACGUCUGCUCACGUCGUCCUCAUCCUCCCACUAACACCAUUGGUGCUCAUUUGCUUGAUACAGGUAGAACUCCGGCUCCUGGUGACUCGCGCCCUCCUUCAUCUUCACCUAUUCUGGUCUCGCCUUCAACAGACGAUGCUACUUCUCCCAUUGCCAUCCGAAAAGGUAUUCGUUUAUCUUGAAAUCCUUAUCCUAUCUGUAAUUUUGUGAGUUAUCAUCGUUUUGUCUCCUUCCUACUAUGCUUUUGUCACCACUUUGUCUAAUGUAUCUAUACCUAAGACUACUAGAGAAGCUUUGGAACAUCCAGUAUGGUGUAAUGCAACGGUUGAAGAGAUAACUGCUCUCCAUAACAAUGACACUUGGGAUUUGGUGCCACUACCGAAGGGCAAAUCUACUGUUGGUUGUCGAUGGGUUUAUAUAGUCAAGGUGGGGCCUGAUGGCCAGAUUGAUAGACUUAAAGCUCAUCUUGUUACAAAGGGCUAUACUCAGAUCUUUGGCCUCGAUUACAGUGAUACCUUCUCUCCUGUGGCUAAGAUUGCCUCGGUUCGCCUUCUUAUUUCCUUAGCUGCGAUCCAUCACUAGCCACUUCAUCAACUGGAUAUCAAAAAUGUCUUUUUACAUGGCAAGCUAGCUGAGGAAGUUUAUAUAGAGCAACAACCAAGGUUUGUUGCUUAGGGGAGUCUGGUUUGGUGUGUCGCCUACGGCGUUCUUUAUAUGGCUUGAAACAAUCUCCGAGAGCAUGGUUUGGACGGUUCAGUACUGUAGUCCAACAAUUUGGAAUGUCUCGGAGUGAAGCUGACCAUUCAGUAUUUUUCCACCAUAAUGGCCAUGAUAAGUGCAUUUAUCUCGUUAUUUAUGUUGAUGACAUUGUUAUUACAGGAAAUGAUCAUGUUGGGAUCUCAAAACUCAAACAACACUUGUCUAGUCAUUUUCAGACUAAGGAUCUUGGGAAGCUAAAAUAUUUCUUGGGGAUUCAAGUGGCACAAUCUAAGACAGAUAUCGCCAUUUCUCAAAGGAAAUACGCUUUGGAUAUACUAACAGAGACGGGCAUGUUAGACUGUAGACACGCAGAUACUCGUAUUGAUCCAAAUGUCAAACUUGUUCCUGGACAGGGGGAGCCAUUGGAGAAUCCUGGUAGAUACCGGAGAUUGGUUGGAAAACUCAAUUAUCUUACAAUCACACGCCCAGACAUCUCAUUUGCUGUAAGUGUGGUCAGUCAGUUCCUUCAAGCAUCAUGUAGUAGUCAUUGGGAUGCAGUUAUUCGGAUACUCAGAUAUAUUAAAGGAGCUCUAGGACAAGGCCUAUUAUAUGAAGACAGGGGUCAUUCACAGAUUAUUGGUUACUCAGAUGCAGAUUGGGCAGGUUCUCCUUCAGACAGACGGUCUACUUUAGAAUAUUGCAUUAUAAUUGAAGGUAAUUUGAUUUCUUGGAAAAGUAAGAAGCAAGAUAUGGUUGCUAGGUCAAGUGCAGAAACAGAAUAUCGAGCUAUGGCUUUAGCAACCUAUGAACUUAUAUGGUUGAAACAACUUCUCCAAGAGUUGAAGUAUGGGGAACUUAAACAAAUGCAGCUAAUCUGUGACAAUCAAGCUGCAUUUCACAUUGCCUCUAAUCUAGUGUUUCAUGAGAGAACGAAACAUAUAGAGGUGGAUUGUCAUUUCAUCAGAUAAAAGAUGGAAUCUGGGUGUAUUGCCACUAGCUUUGUUAGCUCAAAUGACAAAUUAGCAAAUAUCCUGACAAAAUCUCUCAGAGGCUCUCAGAUUGAAUAUAUUUGUAACAAACUUGGAGCAUAUGAUUUGUACGCUCCAACUUGAGGGGGAGUGUUAAGAUAUGUACCAUAAAUAGCUAGGAUAUGUGUAUAUGUAGUGAUUGUGUGAAUAUAUUUAGGUGCUAGAAUCAUGGCUAUAAUUAAGUAUUUAAUUAGGAUUGUAUUUCCUAUUUAUACAGAUUAUAAAUUGACGCCAUUGGCUUGAGGGAAUAAUCAAGCUCUUCAAUCAUUCUCAAUAUUCUUCUUCUGUUCUAUUUUCUCACAGUUCAACUGAAUCUGAAACUAUUAUUUUAACAGAAAAUAGCCCUAAUAUGCUUUUUUAAGUGUUGACUAAGAAAAUUUUAUUACUAUGAUACUGAUGUCACACAUGCAAAUUAGGGGGAAAGAGUUUAUGUAUUUUUAUCUUUUUCCUAAAACUAAAACUUUUUAUUAUAUUCAAAAAUUGAAAAAAAAAAGGCUUGGUUCAAAGAAUUCACCAUGUGAAAGGGGUAGACCAUGUUUAGAUUUUGUCUUCACACCCACUUUCCAAUUGGGUUUUCUUCUUAACUCAGAGUAUUAUUUACACAAUGCAGAAUUUGAAUAACUUAAGGUGAAAAACCAGUCUUUAGUAUUUUGCCUAGGGUUUGCUUGUUCUACUUCAACUUUUGCUUUAGUGCUGACACUAUGGACAAGGUGGGCAAGGGUUCGGAGGUGGAAUGCCAUGCUAGUAGGUCCAAGUCUGACAAACAGCCCAAUGACAAAGGCAAGGGUUGGGGUGAAAGUCAUGGAGGGUUCUUAAGGUGGACUUGGCAAAAUUUGCAUAAGACACAGUAAGAGUAAUAUCAUGACAGAAUUUCUUGUGGUUCAGCAAUGUGCCUAAAUCCACAAGCUACCUAACUUUUCUACUCAAUUCAACUCAACUCAACUCAACUCAACUAAGCCUUUAUACCAAAUUAUUGAGGUCGGCUAUAUGGAUUCUCUUUCUCCACUCUAAACGAUUUUGGGUUAAAUUUUCGAAAAUAUGUAAUGUUUCUAGAUCAUGUUGUAUUACUCUCCUCCAAGUCAGUUUAUGUCUAUCUUUUUUUUUUCUUUCUAUCCUCUAACCCAUUAUGCUCUACUUGUCUAACUGGAACCUCCGUAUGUCUACACUUCACAUGACCAAACCACCUCAAUUUCCCUUCUUUCAACUUAUCUUCAGUUGGCACCACUACUACCUUUUCUCUAAUAUUCUCAUUACGGACUUUAUCUAGUCUAGUAUGAAAGCUACCUGACUUUUCACUUUAAGAAAAUUAAUUCAGUUGGGUUGCUGGUCUGAAGUCUGAAAUCCUCCCAAUUCAUUGCUACCUAAUUUAGUCAUAAAAUGGUGUUGCAUUUUUGUCAGCUUUGAGAAAUGUUAACCUCACCUCCCUCUUGUUUGAUAUAUCUGAUAAUUUAUGCUUAUGAGUCAUGUGG